GCUGCGUAGCCUUAUACGUGCGUGGUUAUUUAAAUAUAUUAAGUGAUUCUAUUAUAUUUUAUACAAAUAAAAUUAAAUGCUGCUUGAAAUGCAUGCAAUGUGCACGAGAUAAACCAGACAGUAGGAGAGCUAGAAACCAAAUAUUCAUGUAUAACCUUUGCAAACCGUUUUAAACCCAGCAACCGCGACUUUAUUGUAAUGUAACCAAAUAGUUUUGUACUAAAGUGAAGAAGAUUUGGAUUCGAGAUUUGUUUUAAAAAGCUAAACCAAAGUGAAACCGGAUCGCGACGCGCGCAAGGCCAUUGUGACGUUUACCGGCCGCUCACCUGGUCUCGCGCGGGAUACGCAAACCCCAGGAAACGUUAUGACAGUUAGGACAACAAGUGAGUUUCGAAUUUAAAGAAGUCAGAGUUUCAGCCAACGGUUCGUCGUUUGAAAGCGUAGGUCUUAAACGUUUUGUUAGUCAAAUUUUUAGGAUAAUUUAAAGGAUUUUCAGACAAGCCUACAGAAAGACAAAACAAACAUUAAGUGACUUUUAGCCAAUAUUCCGACGAUAUUUAGACCGCUUGAAAGAUCCCGACUAUCCGUCGGUGUGUGAGUCCGAGAUAGAACAUCCCUGAGGAAGAAGUAGCUAAUGACUUCGAGGCACAAUACCAAAAAUGUAAAGAUAGCUUAAGACAUUUACUUAGGUUGUACAGUUUAAACCAAAUAGUAACUAUUAAUCUACCAAAAAGAAAAAUAAAGAAACAACCUCAAACACAAUAAGCAACCAAAGAAAAAGAAACUCAAGACAAGCGCCAAAUACAAGAGCCCAUCGAAGAAAAGCCCAGCCGACAGCGGAUCAUGUUUGUUCCCUUGCCGGUGCCGUUGGUGUUUCAGAGAACCGCUCCUGAUUUCAGCGCCUGGCGACUCAAGUCUCCGCUGCCUCUGCGCUCCGGGAACUCCGUAGAUAUCAGGAUGUCUAAAGCCAUCGAGGACAAGAUGGGGACUGAGCUUCCAGUGGACAGUACAGACUCUGAGAGGAACAGUCCAGAAGCCAGCGAUCAGACCCAGCCGAUGAAAACAAGUCCUUUCUGCCUGUCUCCUGCACCCAGCAACACAAAGGUGAAAGCCGAGGAGACUGCUGAGAUGACCAGUGUUCACGCUCCUCCAGCUCAGCCGGCUCUGCCACACACACAACUCAUGCUGGCCGGCAGUCAGCUUGCAGGGCUGGCCGCUCUUCUCCCUGCGCAGCAGCAGCUGUUGUUGCAGCAGGCUCAAGCGCAGCUGUUAGCCGCAGCCGUGCAGCAGUCGAACGCCGCGCAUGCCGCCCACGCAGCCGCGGCAGCCAAUCAGCAGCAGCAGACGCAGCAGCAGCAGGCCAAUCAGGCAGCAGCACAAGCCCAGUCUCAAGCCAAACCUGAGCAAGCUCCGCCUCCACUUCUGUCACAGCCUUACCAGCUCACUGCCCAGGACAUUCAGCAGUUUCUGCAGUUACAGCAGCUGGUCCUGAUGCCCGGGCAUCCUCUACAGUCUCCUGCUCAGUUCCUGCUUCCUCAAGCCCAGGCUCAGCAGGGGCAGCAAGGUUUGAUUUCGACAUCGAAUUUGAUUCCACUACCUCAGCAGAGCCCAGGGAGUCUCCUGACCUCCCCACCUAGACUGAGCCUUCAAGCACAGCAUCAUCUUGACGACAGGCUGUGGUCAUUGCAGAGGGAGAAGAGCGUGGAGAGCAUCGUAAGCUCCGCCCCCUCCUCAGCCCCGCCCAUGAGCUCUGUUUCCACGGUGACACCUCACGCCGAGGAGCCCAGCGAUCUGGAGGAGCUCGAACAGUUCGCCAGAACCUUCAAACAGAGGAGAAUUAAACUAGGCUUCACACAGGGGGACGUGGGUAUGGCCAUGGGUAAACUCUACGGCAAUGACUUCAGUCAGACCACCAUCUCACGCUUCGAGGCUCUCAACCUCAGCUUUAAGAACAUGUGCAAGCUCAAACCCUUGCUGGAGAAGUGGCUGAGCGAUGCAGAAACAAUGGCGAUAGACAACAUGCUGCCGAGCCCCAGUUCUCUGUCCUCACCUCUGCUGGGCUUCGAAGGCUUGCCUGGACGCCGCCGAAAGAAACGCACCAGCAUCGAGACCAACGUCCGCAUAGCCCUGGAGCGCAACUUCAUCUCGAACCAGAAGCCUACCUCUGAAGAAAUCCUGCUGAUGGCCGGGCAGCUCAACAUGGAGAAAGAGGUCAUCCGAGUCUGGUUCUGCAACCGGCGGCAGAAAGAGAAGCGCAUAAACCCCAGCAGCGCCACCCCUCCUCUGCCCAAUCAUCCUCCGGCGCAAACGCACAAACCGCCCUGCUACAGCCCGCACAUGAUGUCCAGUCAGGGACUGGCUCAAGCCGCUACCAGUCUCAGCACAACAGCCGUCAGUCCCACACCUUCUGUGGCCUGCCCUCUUAACCCCAGUGGACAUGCAGCGAUGAGCUCCGCCCCUUCCUCCAUGACUCCGCCCCCUCUGAGCACAGUCAGCCCGACUCCGCGCAGUCUCAGCAGCCCUGGCCUCAACACAGGGAACACAAUGAUGGGCGUAAGCACAGGAAUGAACCAGGCCUUCAUCAGCAGCAACCCUCUGGCCACAAUGCAAGCCCUAGCUGCCAGUGGUGGCCAGAUGCCCAUUUCCGCUCUUGAGGGCAGCGGCCAAAUGUUCCUGGGUGGAGCUGGAGGUCCAGGAGCUGGACUUCGCCAGUCCCUCUUCUUAAACCGCCCCACUUUACUGCCCCUGGCCAGGAGUGCAGGCAUGGGUCUGCUGGGCACCCCCAGGGCUUCUCCGCCUCCUGGAGCCAGCGGCACAAGCCCAGACUCCUGCUCCAUCUCCCCCUGCUCAAGCCCCGCCUCCUUCUGCUCAUUAGGCGAUGCCUCACCGCCCCCUCUGGGCGGAGCCAUGGCUGAGUGA